AUGUCACCGCUUUUGUUUGUGAAUCACCUGGAUAACGUGACGCUGGACUUUGGACUGAGUGAAAACUUGACCCUUGCGAUCUGUAAGGAGGACUGGUCCAGUGACGCAGGAAAGCAGCAGUACAGCGUGACUCUGUUCAUCUUUCAUCUCAUCAUCCCCGCCGCCAUCAUGAUCGUAGCCAACGCUCUGAUAGGAAAGAAACUGUGGCGCACCGACGACGUUGACGAGGUGGAAAACGGCACACGAUUGGACGGCGUCAUGAUCUCCCAUGCUAUAGUCGCAUCAGGGUUGAAGAGACAGCGAGGUAUCGUCAAGAUGUUGGUAGCGCUGCUCAGCGUCUUCUUUGUGUUCUGGACUCCCUACUACGUCAUCACUCUGUGGCUCGACUUCCGGUCAGGAAAGCACUGGGAGGACAACACCGUGGCUGGAAACGUCUAUCCGUUCUCUCUGUUCCUGGGGCUAGCGAACUCUGCCAUUAACCCCAUCUGCUACGGUCUAAUGAACGCUCGCUUUCGCGAGGCGACAAAAGACGUCUUCAGUCGGAAGAUGCAGUGGAGACCGCCAUCUUCUGAAUCAACGAACACAACCAAUACCGGACAGGUUUCCACGGACGUAUUUAGUCUCUAG